AUGCACCGCUCGAAGGUCCGACGACCAUGCGGUUCGAACUAAUUGAAGCAACAACGCGCAUUGGACUGAACAACGCGCAAUUCCGGUUUUGCUCUCGUUUUCUUUUCCUUGUGCGCUACAUAGCUUCAAGGCGUUUUUUUUUUACGUAUUUGCUUAUAGAGGAUAUGAAAUACCUCUUAGAUGACGAUUUUCUUAUGCUUCACGGAUUAUUGCAGCUAUGAGUCAGCAAAUAUACAGCGAAUCAUUGACGAAGAGGUGGCAAACAUGAUGCCCAUUACAUAAUCGCGAGAAACGUAUAAAAAACGAUUGCUUCAGGUUGCAUUCAAGUAAUUGUAGUAUUUAGCCACAAACUAUGAAUCUAUAGAAAAAAUAGAUAUCAGUUUUUUUCAUGAUUUUAAGAAUGACUUUAUACACUCCAUUUAACGAUAAUUUCAUGUAGUGUAUUACUCUAAUAUCAUUUAACAUAUUUUCUGCAUAUAUGAAGAACAAUUAUAACACAAUAAAUGGAGUUGAUGUGACAGCAGUGGGAAUACUUAUUUUAUAGAAAAAAUCAUAUUUCAGUAAAUAUUUUGUUUUCAUUACUUGGAAAACAUUAUAGUAAAAUAUUUUCUGACUUUAAAUUGAAUGAAAUUUAUUCGAAUAUUACUACGGUAGUUUUCAGAAAACAUCAACAGUAAAUAUAUUUAUAUUCAGUAAUACCUGCAACUCUUAAACUAUAUGCAAAGAGACGACAAAGUGUAAUCGAUCGUAGUUUUGAGAAACAUUAUUUUAAUAAGCUAAAAUAUAGGCAUAAGCAUUCUGUAAUUCACAAUUGUAUGACCAACGUUCAUUUGAUUUGAAAGGAAUUUAACGAAAUAACUCAUAUUCGUGCUUUAACACAAAUAUGUUGCAUUCAAGACUCGACGAUAACAUUUGGCGGUGAGAUUUUGAAUUCUUAACUGAAAAGCUAACUGUUUUGCUGCAGAGCCUCGUGUGUUCUUUUAAUUUAACCCAACUAUGGCUUUUCCUCAAUAUUUUUACCCUGAAUAAUUUUUGUAGAUUGUUUGCCUCGUCACUGAAAUAACACCAUUUAGCGAAUAUGGUUCGCUCGGUUAUCGUUAUCCGUGUGACGCCCGAAUACUGCAAACAUGCUAAACUAGCACGGAUAAACGAGCCACGACUCUCUUGAAACGUCUUUCCUAACGAGUUUGAAAUAUUUCAAGCGCUAUUUCAAAUGAAACGUUUGAUUCCAAACACUGUUUUAAAGCGUUACAAGAUUUCAUUGAAUCAGGGACUUUUUCACAGUUUUAAGUUUACGAUUUGCAUACCCGUAUAUUUAUAAUUUGUUAAGAAAAUGAAACAUUUUAAAACUAAAAUAAUUGUGGUUGUUGUUCUUUAUUUAUAUGUUCAUAUUGUAUUAUUGCACUUUUUCCUUUGUACCAUAUUGUGGCAAAACAAUAACAGUGCUGUUAUAAUAACGAAUUAACCGAACUAUGUUCCGUUUGUGUCAUGCUUCCUUUUUCUAAAAUUUAAAACUCAUGAAGAAGAUCAAGACGCUUGUAAAUAUUUUUUCAAAUAAUUUAUAGCAUAUAAUUUAGUUUUAUCUGAGCAAAUAUGUCUCCAUGAUUGCAGAAAAAAAGAUUAUUAUUAAUUACAUUUUGAAACAGGUAAAAGUAGUUGAGAAUAAUGGGAACACAAGUAUUCUUGAAGACUUGGUUUGAAACUGACCCAAGUUUAAACUGACAAGGUUUAAAAAAAGGUAUGAAAAUAAAAACAGUUCAUACAACACCUAGCUUCCAAUGUGCGCGCAUUGUUUGGAUUACGCUCAGUGCCUCGCAUGCGCUUGAUAAGACAAAUCGCUGUUAACAAUUAAAAUAAAAUAAAUUUCACCUCACUGAAAAUGACUAAUUGUUUUACUUGUUUUGGAGCGCGCAAGGAAAGCGAUAUUGUAAUCUACAUUCUGGGCGCCUAUAAAAUGCCGCACGCGCAAUCUUCUCGACGCUAGUCAUCCAUCGUUUUUUGCUGCAACUCCUACUGCGAUCGUGGCAAUGUUGGAUUUUUACUAUCUUCCCGGGUCGGCACCGUGUCGGGCGGUACAAAUGGUGGCAGAAGCAGUUCACGUGAAGCUAAACCUUAAGUAUCUCGAUCUCAUGGCUGGUGCUCAUCGAUCACCGCAGUUUACCAAGCUUAACCCUCAGCGUACGAUCCCCACGCUGGUCGACGGUUCACUGGUACUGUCCGAGUCGCGUGCAGCACUAAUAUAUCUCUGCGAUCAGUAUGGCGACGAAGAUAACGAUUGGUAUCCCAGAGACACUAUCCAGCGAGCCAUCGUCAAUCAACGGUUAUUUUUCGAUGCCUGCGUGCUGUAUCCAAGGUUUGCUGAUUUUUACCACCCGCAAGUAUUUGGCAACGCUGCUCCUGAUGGCAGGAAGAGGCUAGCCUUUGAAAAAGCAGUGGAGCUACUCAACAUCUUUCUUAGUGAGCACGAGUUUGUGGCCGGAUCGAAGAUGACCAUAGCUGAUAUAAGUCUGUUUGCCACGUUAGCCACAGCAUGUACGUUGGGAUUCAUUCUGCGACCGUACGUCCAUGUCGAUCGAUGGUACGUCACAAUGGUGGCCUCGUGUCCAGGAGCACAGGCGAACGUUUCGGGUGCGAAGGAGUUUUUAACAUAUAAAUAAAUCGUUAAAUUAUCUGCAAU